UGAAAUAAUUCAAGAUAUAUUGUCUAUUCUGAUAAAAAGAAUAUGUGGAGAAUUUUGAUUCUCCUGCUGUUUGGUGGAGGUGGUGUGAGAGCCUCUGUGAGUAUCCAGCCCGGAGUGGAGACGCCAUUAGAUGUGGUGGUUGUAGGAGGGGGGAUAGCAGGAAUGGCAGCCGCUAGGAAACUGACCAAUUCUCCAGAGAAGUAUUCUGUCAAGGUCCUUGAGGCGUGCAAGAAUAGAUAUGGUGGGCGUGUGUACACCGACAGAAAAGGGAGCGUUAGGGGUGUGGAAGGAGAUCUUGGAGCUAGUUUCUUGAAUUCUGGAGUCCCUAACAACCCUCUGUUGGAGUUAACAAAAUCUUUGGAGAUUGCUGUUGAGUUGACAGGAUUUGUACAGCUGUAUGCUCCGAGUCAGAAUAAAGUAUUUACUCCUGAAGAAACUACUCAUGUCUUCUCAGAGCUGCUCUCGGUGGUAAGGAAAGCUGUUGAAAAGGCAUUUGUCAAGGGAAAUGAUCGCCCUCUUCCAGAGGCUGUCAAGGAGGAGUUGUCUUCCUUUAAGACUGAUGUUGACAAAUCUGUCCUGUCUGGACUGAUAUCCUCCCAUUACGCUUUGUCCGAGGGAAACUUCUCUACAGUGAUGUUUAGACCAGAGAAAGACUUUGGCUGGGACAAAGUAGUUGUUGAUGGAUUUGACCAAAUUGUUGAUGGUAUUGUCAGUGGUGAAGGGACAGAAUUUCCAAUUGCUGUUGAACUAGAAGCCAUCGUACGUCAAAUCACAUACGACAAGAAAACAAAAAAGUACAAGGUUCGUACGUUUAAUCGGGAGCAGCACGAGGCCGACAUAGUAAUUGUGGCAGUACCACUGGGAAUUCUACAGAAGGGGGAGAUCGUGUUUGGUGAUCCUCAGAAAAAAAGUAAAAGUUCCGUAGCUAAUAUGCCAGACACAUGGCACGAUACCAUACGAAACAAGUUAGGAGUAAGUUUCUCCAACAAACUUGUGGUGGAGUUUGAUGACAUCUUCUGGCCUCCUGAUGUGGGUGUUUUCACCAUGGCAACAGACGAUGAAAAAGAGGCUGGUUUUCUCCAGACCUGGUUCAAUCUACACAGACUUAUCAAUAAACCAGUGUUGAUGGGGACCAUUGUGGGACCUAUUGCUAAAAAUUAUGAGAGCUGGACUGAUGAUGAAGUUAAAAACAAAGUUAUGGAAAACCUAGAGAAGAUUUUUGGAGCACAAGUACAGAAUAAAAGUAUCAAACAGAUAAAGAGGUCUGCCUGGCAGGAAAAUGUAAAUACCAGGGGGGUCCAAUCAUUUCCAAGAGUAGGGACUACAGCAGAACACCUGAAGAUUUUAUCAGAACCGCGAUGCCCGGGACUUUACUUUGCUGGAGAAUACACUAUAGUGGAGCACCUGAGUACAGCCCACGGGGCCUAUAUGUCUGGUAUCAGAGCAGCAGACCAGGUUCUGUCAGGGUACUGCCAACAACAGGAGGAGGAGAGGAAGAAGGCAGAGAAGAAGAAAAAGAAGAAGAAGUCGGAGAAGGGAGAGGAAGACUCAGACAAGGAGGAGGAAGAGGAGGAUACAGAUAGUGAGGAGGAGAGGGAAGUAUCUGUCAAACCAAAGAAAAGUAAGGAACGGAUCAUACUGUCUGAGGAGCGGAGGAAGAAGGCCCAGGAGAGGGAUGAACUGUGAGAGA